AUGAAUUCUGAUAAUGAACGAAUAAAAUUCAUCUUUUCAGAUAAAUAUAUCGUAGUGGUAUUACUUAAAUUGAAAGUUAGGAUUUCAAUAAGAAGAUAACCUUGAAGGAUUUGAAAUUUACAUUUACAAAUGUUCUGAAAAUAGAUUUAUCUUCAGAAAGGCCUCAAUUUUCUAUUCUAAGGGUUUCAAUUCGUUUUAGUUAAACUCCCAAAAAGCUUAAGUGAGCAAAAAAUAUAGAGUAUUCGGUAAAAAGGAUAAGAAUCAAAUAGAAAUUAUCGUUAAAUUUAUUGAAGAAGGUGCUUGA